AUGAAGUAUACUGCACAGUUUAAAUUAUCGAAAGCUAUAACAUCAUGCGCAGAACCAAAUUUACAAUCAGUCGAACAAACUAUUGAAGCUAUCCCACCAAGAAGCAAUCUAAUGUCACAAGAAGAGGCAGCAAUUUUAGCACAAUUAGAUCUAGCUCACUUUAAUGUAAUAACUCCGAUUAACAAGUUUGCAUUUGACUAUCUAACAUGUGAACAUCCAAAUCAACAAUUUAUUCAGUAUCUCAAAGACGGCAUACAAAAUGAACCAACAGCACUGGCUAAGUACAUAGAAGAUGAAUUGGCCCUGAAAC